AUGGCACCCGCCAGCAUGGACGAGACGGAGCCUCUUCUAGGCUUGACGGCGACGCUCUCCAACUCGCUCCCCGCCACAGAAACCGCCGUCCACGCGCACGAGGACCUGCCGCUCGACUUUGACCCCAGCGGCGACCCAGACAACCCGCGCGAGUGGCCGAGCCCUUUCAAAUGGAGCAUCACACUGCUCCUCACCGCGCUGGCGUUUACUGUCACAUUCAACUGCAUCUCGGUGGUGCCCAUCGCCAACCGCAUCGUCAGCGACCUCGCCCCCGACGGCCGCCCCGACAAGUACGCCAGCGUCCUGCUCGUCACCAUCUGGGAGCUCGGCGAGGCGGCUGGCCCGCUGCUCAUCGCGCCCCUCUCCGAGAUUGUCGGUCGCUGGCCCGUCAUGAACGUCGCCAACACGCUGUUUGUGCUGACCACCCUCCUCGCCGCGUCCGCGCCGACCGUCCCGCUGCUCAUCAUGGCCCGCGCCCUCUCCGGCCUCGUCGUCGUCUCCAACGUGCUUAACCCGGCCAUCGUGGGCGACAUUUUCGAUCCGGACCACCGCGGCUCGCCGCUGAGCCUCGUCGCCCUGGCGCCGCUCCUCGGCGGCGCGGCGGGGCCUGCCAUUGGUGGUGCCAUUGCCGAGACACUUGGCUGGCGCUGGGUGCUCUACAUGGCUGCCAUAUUCGUCGGCGUCUGCCAGGUCCUAUUCCUGACCUGCUUCCGCGAGACGUACAAGGUGGCCAUCCUGCGACGCCGGGCGCGCCACAGACAGGCCAUGGACGCUGAAGGUGCACCCAAUCGGGAGAAGAAGGGGAAGCGCGGGGCGCUCGUCGAGUCCAUCGUCCGGCCUUUUAUCGUCUUCGGCUCGUCGGGCGUGCUCAUGGCCCUAUCCCUCUUUGGGUCCGUCGUCUUCUCGCACUUUUACAGCUUCGCCGUCACGCUGCCCGACAUUUUCGAGGACCGGUACCAUCUCUCGCCCGCCGUGACGGGGGGUUCCAUGGUGUGCUUCAGCAUCGGGUCGGCCGCGAGCGUCAUGGUGUGCAACGUGACCCUAGACAGGAUCUACGUGCGGAUGAAGGCGGCAAACAACGGCGUGGGGCAGCCCGAGUUUCGUCUGCCAAUGGUCAUUGUGGGCGGGUUCGCGCUGCCCGUCAUGGUGGCCGCGUACGGGUGGGCGGCGGAGCUGCGGGUGCCGCUGUGGGUUCUGCUCGUGCUCAUGGGGCUGGUCGGGUUCGCGCUCAUGCUGGCUUUUGUGCCCGUGUCGGCGUACGUGGUGGAUGCGUUCGGUCUGUACGCGGCGAGCGCGAUGACGGGGCUCAUUGUCGCGCGGUGCCUGAUGGGCACGUUCCUCCCGCUGGCGACGACGCCGCUGGUCCGGAACUAUGGGUUCGGCUGGGGGUUCACGAUCCUGGGGGCCGUCAGUCUGGGGCUGGCGCCGAUUCCCGUGUUGGUGUUCCGGUACGGCGAGCGGUGGAGGCAGCUGUCCAGGUACACCAGGAGCAGCUGA